AUGAAGUUUCUGAAGGAAACCGUCCUCGCAGUGUGCGCUGCGACUCAAGCUCUGGCCUUGCCCAGUCAAGCUCCGCCUGGUGAAAUCCAGACUGCUCUCGCGAAUCUCGGAGUGGACGUCGCUACAAUUCCCCAGUUGAGUGGCAAUCCCACAGAGAACGGCUGCCAAAUCGCUUGUAAUGCCUUGAGUCAUAUCCAUGGUUCCGAGAAAGUGAUCGCAAACAACACCACUGCCUACCAGAGCAUCACGCAUUCGUACUGGUCAGCUCAGCAGGGAGAAGUCAAGCCGGCCUGCAUUUUCGCCCCCACGGUCGACACCGAUGUUUCCAUUGUCAUUCUUCUUUCACAACUCACGCAAUGCCCGUUUGCAGCAAAGAGCGGCGGUCAUGCUGCGUUUUCCGGUGCUUCAAAUAGCCAAGGUGGUAUCACAAUACUCUUCCGUGACCUGAAUGAGAUUACCUUAAAUGAGGACAGGUCUGUUGCCUCCAUUGGGCCGGGCAACAACUGGGGCCAGGUGUACAAAGCCCUAGAGCGCCACGAUGUUACUGUUGUCGGUGGGCGCAUGUCGGACAUCGGCGUUGGAGGCCUUCUGACAGGCGGCGGUAUCUCCUAUUGCUCGAACUUGUAUGGUUGGGCCCUGGACAAUGUGGAAAGCUUCGAGGUCGUUAGCGCGAUAGAUGGAAACAUACUCACGGCAAGUGCGACCCAACACCCAGAUCUCUAUUGGGCUUUGCGAGGAGGAGGCAACAACUUCGGUCUCGUCACCAAGUUCAAUCUGUACACGUUUCCCGGCUCUUUACUCCGAGGCGGCACCCGCGUCUUCAGCGAGGAUCAGUUUUCUAACGUCAUCAGUGCGUUUGUAGACGUGGCUGAAAAGGCAAACGACGACCCUAACGCUCAGCAAUAUGUCAUGUUCGCAAAUUUGGGGGGAACAAACGUUGCAUCUGCCGAGUUGACCUAUGCGCAGAACGUCAGCAAUCCUGCCAUCUUCGAGACAUAUCAUGCAACGCCGGCUAUCUCAGACUCUACUAGCUCGCGAACUAUGUCUCAGUAUGCUGACGAUGGUGCCGCCCAAGACCCGUAUGGAAUGCGUGACGUCUUCUGGAACCGAUCGUACAAGCUGGAUGAGGAUUUCGCGAACUGGGUAGUCAAGCUGUGGCUCGCUGUUCUCCCUCGCAUCUCUAGUAUUUCCAACGCCAUGGCGGGACUUACCUUCCAGGCUAUUACAGACCCGAUACUCGAGAAAAUGACUCGUGCUGGCGGCAAUGCUCUAGGACUAGAUGAGUCAAACGGCCCGAUUCUCUUGCUGCACGUUCUCGGGAUGUGGAAUGGCGCCUCGGGUGAUGAUGCCAUCUAUCGCCUCAUCAAUGACUUCUUCGCCAAUGUCACAGCUGAGGCCGAUUCCAGGGGUCUAGGAAAUAAGUUCAUUUACAUGAACUAUGCAAGCCAUGUCCAAGAUGUGAUUGCCAGCUACGGUGCGGACAACAAGGCCAAGCUGCAGAAGAUUGCUUCAAAAUACGACCCUGCCGGUGUCUACCAGACACUUCAGCCUGGACAUUUCAAGCUGACGCGUAGUCCAGUACCUAAUCCGUACUAA